UCCUGUUCCUUCUGGCUGUGUGUGUGUGUGUGUGUGUUGAAGUGAGUGUGUGUGUGUGUGACCACUGUACGCAAGCGCCGGCCUGGAGCAUUUCACCCCGGCGUUAGUUUCAUCCAAGUGGUGAAUGAACUGGGCUGAGUGAGUGAGUGAACAGCGCGCCUACAUAGUACAGACCAGCCUCACGUUGCAGAGAAUCCAUCACGAACCUUCUGACGUCUUGAGGUUGGGGAGUGCGGGGGGGGGUGUGAAGUUCAAGGGCUUUUUUUUUUUUUUGCCAAGACCAUGGACUGUGUACAUCGGCGAUCGGUUGGUCGACCUUCCCGGAUUGUCAGCGCCUGAACAUGGGGCCAUUCACCGCCAUGCCAACCGCGAGAAGAACUCUCCACUCUUGUGGCGUGAGCGACUGUGUGAGCUGCAGGACAUUUGUGAAAUGGGGCGAGGAGAUUUUAACUCUGCAUUUUGGCUCCGACGCGAUCUAGAAGCCUCCUCGUGAUGGAGAAGCCCCAACCCAACCUGCUUUCCCACAAGAAGAGGUCCCAGCUGCUGCUCCUCAACAUGCUGACAUGCGGCCUGGAGAUCUGUGUGGCUGCUGGCAUCACCUUUGUCCCACCACUGCUACUCAAGGCUGAGGUCCAGGAGAAGUACAUGACCAUGGUGUUGGGGAUUGGACCAGUGCUGGGAUUGAUCUUUGUUCCGAUGAUCGGUUCGGCCAGUGACCACUGGACCAGCCGCUACGGCCGGCGCCGCCCCUUCAUCUGGGGCCUGUGCCUGGGCGUCCUGCUCAGCCUGUUCAUCAUCCCCCACGCCAGCCGGCUGGCCGCGGCCUUCAGCCCGAAGGACUACCCGGCGGACGUGAUCUUCCUGAUCGUGGGCAUCUGCAUGCUGGACUUCUGCGGCCAGGUGUGCUUCACACCGCUGGAGGCCCUGCUGUCCGAUCUGUUCCACGACACCGAGGAGUGCCGGCGGGCCUUCUCCAUGUACUCCUUCAUGAUCAGCCUGGGCGGCUGCAUCGGCUACCUCCUGAUGGCCAUCGACUGGAGGAAGACCUUCCUGUCCUCGUACCUGGGCGAGCACGAGGACUGCCUCUUCUCGCUGCUGGCCGCCAUCUUCCUGGUGUGCGUCUGCGCCACCUUCUUCGUGACGGAGGAGACCUACGGCGGGCCGGACGCGCUGGCGGACCUCUCGCCCAAGGAGGCCGUGGUCAUCAAGCCCCUGGCCCGGCGCAGCUGCUGCUGCGGCACCAGCGCGCUGUUCCGCGCCCGGCACUCCGUCCUCGUGCUGAGGAACUGCUGCACUCUCAUCCCCAAACUGUACCACCUCUACUACCGCAUCCCCAGGGUCACGCGCCACCUGGUGGUGGCCGAGUUCUACAGCUGGAUGGCCCUCAUGACUUUCAUGAUGUUCUACACCGACUUUGUGGGCGAGGGUCUCUACCAGGGCGUCCCCAACGCAGCCCCCGGCAGCGAGGCCAGGCGGCGCUACGAUGACGGGGUGCGGAUGGGGAGCAUCGGACUCUUCCUGCAGUGUGCGUUCUCGAUCUUCUGCUCCACCAUCAUGGACAGGCUGGUGACACGGUUUGGCAGCAAAACCGUCUACCUGGCCAGCAUUGCCUUCUUCACCGCGACCGCCAUCGUCAUGUGCCUUUCGAAGAGCGUGGUGCUGGUGACAGCCAUGUCGGCCUUAACCGGCUUCACCUACUCCACGCUCCAGAUCCUGCCGUACACCCUCAACUCCCUCUACCACAAGGAGAAACAGGUAUUUUUCUGCAAGCACAAGUCUACCGAACUCGCAGACGCCAAUUGUCAGGGGGAGAAAAAGACGCCUUCUCAGAACGGAAUCUUGAACCACAAGUCCUACAAUCAAAAUGGCAGCCUGAUCGCCAGCGGGCCCCUGUUACCGUCCAAGGGGCCCCUCCCUGACAGGAGCUUGAGGCCGCAGAGCCGGGGGUCUCAGUGCGAGGUGGUGGUCUCGGCCGACGUAGAAGCGGCCACGAUGGGACGAGGGAUCUGCCUUGACCUAGCCAUACUGGACAGUGCUUUCCUUCUCUCUCAGGUCAUCCCCUCCCUGCUCAUGGGCACCAUAGUCCAGUUUACACAGACAGUCAACGCUUACAUGAUCUCUGCCGCUACCUUUGGGAUGGUGGCUAUUUAUUUCGCAACCAAAGUAGUUUUUGAUAAAAAUGAUUUAGAGAAAUAUUUAGCGUGAUGCGAUGAAGGGAUUAAUGUCUUUCCGCUGUCGGGGUGAUCUGAUGGUUGGAGGUGAGUGAUAUUGACUUGGGCCAUAAGGUUACCAGCACGGCACGGUGGCGCAGCGGGGAGAGUCGCUGCCUCAUAGCGCCAGAGACCCGGGUUCGAUCCUGACUACGGACCCGACCCGACCCGACCCGACCCGCAGUGUAAUCAACGAUGCGGGGUUGCUGUCUGUGCGGAGUUUGUACGUUCUCCCCUGCGUGGGUUUCCUCCGAGAUCUCCAGUUUCCUCCCACACUCCAAAGACAUACUGGUUGGUAGGUUAAUUGGCUUGGUGUAAUUGUAUGAAUGUAAACAUUGUCCCUAGUGUGUGUAGGGCAGUGUUAGUGUACGGGGAUCGCUGGACGGCGCGGGUCGGUGGGCCAUCGGGCCUGUUUCCGCGCCGUACCACUAAACUAAACUAAAACGACAAUUGUCGUAUGAAACCCGAAUGCAGAGUUAAUCGGGGCAAUGCUGAUUCUCCACCCUCUCUUGAAACUCAAGUUCAAGUUCAAGUGAGUUUAUUGUCAUGUGUCCCUGUAUCGGACAAUGAAAUUCUUGCUUUGCUUCAGCACACAGAACAUAGUAGGCAUUUACUACAAAACAGAUCAGUGUGUCCAUAUACCAUAAUUGGUAUACCACACUCUGAUUUUGAAUCUCGAACACGGUUCAGUUUUCGGCUUCUGCAACUUAUCAACUCCGUAAGGUGGACGCAAGGUGCAGGAGUAUGGGUGUUAUGGGGAGAAGGCAGGGGAAUGGGGUUGACUGGGGAAGGUAGAUCAGCCAUGGUUGAAUGGCAGAGUAGACUUGGUGGACUCAUUGGUUCUAACAACUUAUGAACUCAGCGGGUCAGGCAGCAUCUCUGGGUGACGUUUCAGAUGGGGACCCUUCUUCCAACCUUGCCAUCAUAUCUUUGGGGAAAAAAACAGCAUCUGCAGUUCCUCGUUUCUAUAUUCUUUAUCAAAUUGGUAUUUGGAUUAAUUCAUUUCUCUCAUCUCUGUAAAACCAUUUAAUAUAAGUUUGGCUUUUUAAGCCCAGAUAUCUGCGACUUUAUCAAAUUCAUAUUUGGAUCCAUUCGUGCAUCUAAUCUUUGUACAAUCAUGUUUUAUAAUAAGUUGGGAAUUCUAAGCUCGAUACAAGGAACUGCAGAUGCUGGCUUACAAAUAAAGACACAAAGUGCUGGAGUAACUCAGCGGGUCAGGCAGCGUCUCUGGGGAACGUGGGGGAAGUGGCGUUUCGGGUCGGGACCCUCCUUCAGCCUCUUAAGUUGCUGAGCCUAAAGUUUAUGGGAAGAUGCAAAUAUCGGAUCUAAUGUGGCUUUGCCCACAUCCCCUACAAAUCUCAACCUGGAAUUACUUUGGAAAACGAACCAAAAGAUAUUCUGAGGAGUUGAUUCAGCUGCGGUCGCAGACUUACACCGCCAGAGUCCCUGGGUUCUGGCCGUGCGGAGUUUGCACGUUCUCCCUGUGACCUGCGUGGGUUUCCACCGGGUGCGCCGGUCUCCUCCCUCACUCCACAAAAGACGUGCAGGUGUGUCGGCUAACGGGCUUGGUAUAAUUGUAACUUGUCCCUGGUGCCUGUAGGAUAGUGUCCUUGGGCGGGGCGCAAA